GGCGUGACGCCGGACGCGUGAAUCAGUAAGCAAUAGACAGGCGGGGGGGGGGAGAGAGAGAGAGAGAGUAUAAAUACCAUUUCCGUUCACGGAGAUUCAUACGGUUGUAAUUCGCAUGAGAUCUCUCUCACGGCCGGCAUUGAACUGAGAAAUCUCUCUCUUUCUCUCUCUCUCUCUCUCUGACGAGAUCAAGCGGAUCGAAUUCUGAAGCUCCGCGAGUUCAGAAUUCAGAAUAAGUGAAUAACUGAUAGAUCGAUUUACUGGCUGUGAUUCAGUUUGUCUUAAUCUAGAAACAAGGGUCUUAAAUGCGCCAACGCAGUCUGGAGAUUGACGAAUUGGUUUUCGGGUGUUGAAGAUCCGAUUAUAUCGGUUGCUAAAAUUCUGAGAUAUCAGGUGCUCUUUUAUCGUUUUCUUUGUUCUUGCUGAUAUUCUCGUCUUUCAAUCGAUUCGGAACUCUCUGAUCUGGAGAUCUGUCAGUGGAAAUUGUUCGUAGUGAGUUGGUUCUUUGAACCGGUGGAAACCGGCUUUGUCUGCAACAUUCGUUCUUCGAUUCUUAUCUGCAGUUACUGGAUUCGUUUGCUUCAUUUCAAGUCUCAGCUACAAAGGAAAACAAACUGACAAAGUUUGGUGAAUCGGUAUAGAGAUUUGUUUAAAGACUAAGCUCUGGCCGAACAGGAACUCGGAUUACUUGUGACGUAGCUAGCCUCUGAUAGAUCAAAGAAUUGAAUCACAGCGACUGAAUCUCAGCAAAUUAGGAAGCCUUUUCUUUUUAUCUACAGAUUCUUCACUCUUUCAUAGCUUAAUGAAACUACCAAUGGUUGAUUGCCGAAGCUUGAUUGAGUUUUGCAAGUCUUUUGAUCAGCACAGGAACACAGUGAAUUCCUUCGGCAUGUCUGAUUAUCGAAGUAACCACAAUUACUCUCGUAGUAAGAAACACAGCAAUUCUUUAAAUCCCUUGCCACACCAGUUUUGUGAUCACUCGCUGUUUGCUGCUGUUGACAUCAUUCUGUUUUUUCUGGUACUUGGAGCGCUUGGAUUUCUGAUGGUCCCAUACUUCAAAUUUCUUUUCCAUGAAGCCUCCGAGCUUCUUCCUGCAGUUUAUGCUCUCGUUAGCGAUGUAAUAUGCAGCGCACCUGUUGCUUAUGUAGUUGGUUUGGUUGUAACUUUCGUUAUGGUGAUUGCUCUAUGGGAGAUCAUCCAUCACAAGUAUAGGAAGUGUGGGAAUCCUUACUGCAAGGGACUUCGUAAGGCGGUAGAGUUUGAUAUCCAGCUUGAAUCAGAAGAGUGCGUGAAAUACCUGUCUCCUGUGCCAAAGGACGCGUAUGGUGUCAGACCUUUAGAGUUGGGCCAGGAUCACAAGGAAUUGGAAGCAGAGCUGAAAAGGAUGGCGCCAUUGAAUGGUCGCACGGUUCUCAUCUUUCGAGCACCUUGUGGAUGUCCUGCUGGUAGAAUGGAGGUUUGGGGGCCCAAGAAACUCCGUAGAAUUAAGAAGUAGAUAAAGAUGUGUCCAUUGUGACUCAAUUUUCCUUUUCUCUUAUAUUAAUAAACUAAGAACUAGAAGUAUCAGUUGGUUCAUGAUCACAUUUUCCCCACCUCUGAAAUAAGUGACAUCUAUUAUAGUCCAGUAAUAGUCACAUGUGACGGGGAAUCAUGUUUCUCCUUUAUCUACUUAUAUUUCAUGAUAUACAAUAUACAAAUCUAGACUUACUUUGGCUAA